CACAGCUUUUGAUUCAGUUGAGCGGGGUCUACUCACUUCAUACCAUUACUGCUCGAAGCUGGAUGCGCAUUCUUUUGUUUUUGCUUGCCCUUUUGGUGUCCACGGCUUCAGCAUGGCCAGGAAAUCCCGGCACAUGUGAUGUCGAAAAGAUGAGCAGAGAAGGACACGGGCCAUCAAAGUCGACAUGCAAAGACUGCUAUUCAAUCACUAGCUCGAUUGCUAAUGAUUACUUAUCGUACUCUUUGAAAGUGACUGGUAGAGAACAGUUUCAGGGAUUUCUUCUCUAUGUCCAAGAUGCAGCGAAUAACACGGUUGGCAGUUUUCGAACCUACGAUCAUUUCCUCUAUGAACCGGUAGAAUGCCAAGAAGCCGUCGAAUUCGAUCUGAAUAACACCAUCGGUCACUCCAACCCGAUCAUGAAGCGCUGGCCGGUAGAACUGGGCUGGACAGCAGCUGUGACUGAAGAUGAAGCCGCGAAGUUCCAGCCAGGCGACAAAUUGACUGUUCGGGGUAUGGUGGUGAUGGACUACGAUCACUGGCACAUUUUUCCCGAGUUCACUUUCAGCAUUGCACAACCUGGAGCAGAAAAGCUCAAGCUUCCGGCUGUCCAUGAUACGAUUCCGACCCAUCACCACGAGUACCCAAAUAAGCUGUUCUAUACUGUACUGGUUAUAGCCUUCAUCAUAUACAAUGGCAUGUCACUCUUGUUCAAGCAUCUUCAGCAUCGGAGACGACAGACUAGAGAGAAACAGACCACUUUCCAAGCGGCAGCAACAGGCGAUAGAACCAUCCUAUUGCGCGAUUGGUAGAUACGAUACCCCUGGCAGCACACACUGCCACACUAGACUACCGACCGUGGUUUCUCUUAUAUGCGUUAUGUGAUUUUCAUUGUUCAUGUUCUUCCGUUUUAUUCAGCCAUCUUUAUUACCAGUUCAUAAUUUCAUUCCAAUUAGAAAAACGUAAAUCAAACCAACUUCUCCGU